AUGGCCGGAGAAAAUGAGAAGCCCAAGGCCGGCGCUGCCGCCGCCGCCGCCGGCGGAGGCAAGGUGAAGAAGAGAAAGUAUCUACCCCACGGCGUAGGCUGCCUUUCUUCUACCCUCACUCUGCGUUUAUUCUUCUUCUUCGUUUAUUCUCUCUCUGGCUUUCUUCCUCUGUGCGUGCUUUUUCUGCUGCUGUUGUACGACGGUUUCUGCCUGUAUGGGGGAGCGCGGCAGAGGUGGCGAGAGGAGAGGUUGAGUGAGGGUUCUCACGGGUGAUUUUUUUUGGUGGUCUUUUGUUUUCAGAGGUCGGUGAGGAAGGGUCCAUACCCGUUACGCCCAAGAGUACAGGGCUUCUUCAUCACCUGCGACGGCGGCAGGGAGCGCCAGGCAGCCAAUGACGCCCUCAGCCUUCUCGAUACUGUGAGUUUCAGGUUUUCCCAUAUUUCACUUCUCGACGCUCUGUUCUCCAUCCUCCUUGGAUUGUUUUACAUGUUGGGGAACCCCGGUCUUACCUCCUUGGAUUGUACCUCAAUGUUAAGCUAAUUCAUAGCACACUCGUCCGAGCUUCAGAAGAGGACUGAUGUUUUCCUAGUUCUUCAUGUAAUUUCCUACAUACAUUCACUUGUUACUAGAUCUACUUUCUCUUUGAUAUUUUGUAAUAUUUGGUGAUAGUGGGUUUUAACAGAGUGCGUUUCUCCACCAUGAAACAUCUGCUCCAUGACUCUAGUUUUGAGUUAAUUAUUCUCUAGUUUUCAACAGGAAGGAUGGUAAAAAUCUUACUAGAGUAUUGGAUAACAUUAAACUUCGGAUAACUUUGCAGUCUGAUAAAAUGAAGUUCUUUCCUUAGUUGCAUUAAACUCUAGGAAAUGUAGAAGCGACGCCACUUCAUGAUGAAGAAAGGGAGAAGAUCUUAAACUACUGUGAUAUAAUGUUCCUCUGAGAAAUAAUCCAUGUACAUACGCAAUCUCUUUGCACUAGUGCUAAAAAAUUAGAAGGGAAGAAAAGGGAAUCUUAGCUUUCUAAAAGGUUGGACGAAAUUUGGGUUUUUUUUUCUGACAAGGGAGUUUAUAAAAUUUUCCCAAAAUUAAUUGCUAUUAUAAAAAAAAUCGAGAAUAUGAUUAAUAAUCUGAUUAGUCAGAAUCAAGGUUCCUUCGUUUUGGGUAGACUGAUUCAAGAGAACUUCUUGGUGGCAUUUGAAUGCAUAGAGUUGGAAGGUGAAGGCACAGGCUUCUAGGGGUGGUUGUCCAGGCUGAUAGGAGAAGGCACUGCCUUGAAAGGUGACUGUGCUAAGGGUAUCAUAGUCAGCUUAAAUAUUGAGAUAUAGAAAAGGCAUAGAAUUGCCUUAUUUCUAGAGUGUCAAGUAGGAAGCUUACCUAUCUGAUCAUAUUUGGUUGAGAAAUUUGAGGGUAGAGUUACAGGAUGUAAAGGUGAAAUGAUCUUCUGUAUCAUGCAUGCUUGUCCUCCCGGGUUCACCAAUCUACUCUCUAUCGUAAUUUGAGAUCCCAAAAACUGCGCCAUUGAAACUGGAAUCAAUACUAGAAAGUUUAUCUUGCUAAGAUGAUGAUAGAAGAGAUGCAGAACACGGCAUGAUAUCAAUUGGGGGAGAACGUGCAAGGCGAAAAAUAUGAUGGGCUUGGAAUGAUCAAUAUCCAAGGUUCUUAAGUUACCUCUUCUCAUUGAAUAAUUGUGGAGAUUGUUAACAUAGGAUGGGAGUCUUUAGCGGGAGAUCAUUGUGAAGAAAUACUAGACGUGAAGAAGCCUUUUGUGGGGUCUCUGCUGUAAGUGGUGCUGUUGGGGUUGUUGGUAACUUUUUGAACACUUGUUCCUUGGAUGAAUAAAUUUGACAUAUUACUUAUCACUUGUUAGGUUUACAAAAACAACACCUACAUCAGUUUGAUGAAGUAUGAGUUUAGUGAAAAUGGUGUUUGACACGGGAGGAUGAACGCGUUCUUUCAUCCAGUUCUUUAGGCUACUCAGACAAAGAGAAAUAGGCAUCUGUUUGUAAGGUAAGGAUUACGUGUAAGCGAUAAAGUACAAUAUCUAAAAAGAGAUUUGGAGGAUCCAUCUGCUAGUUUUUUAUAUUACAAAGCCACAAAUGAGUAUAUUUAAUUUUUCUGCAAUGCUUAGCAUUGUUUGAUUUUGAGCAGCACUGACAGUAAUGGCCUUAUUAUUCAUUCCUUACGUCCCUAUGUAAGCAUAACAAAGAAAAAAUGCUUGUUGCGUUCUCAAAAUAUAAAUUGUUAUCUUGCUCAUAUUUUGGAAAUUUGAGUCGCAAUUACCUCAAAUAAGUCUGUUAAAGACUGUGAGCUUGACUGGAAAGUUAAAAUGCCCGUAUCACCUAUGAUAGGACUGUGAGCUUCACUUUCUUGAUCCCUUGGAAGUUAUAGCUUAAGAAGUAAUAGGUGAUACGGGCGUUUAUAUCUGUCUAUAAUUUUUUAUAGUCUAAAAGUUGUCUUUACAUAUUUUUUUUAAAUUUUUCUUUCGAAAUAUUUGGGCACAUCGCCCCUUACCGACCUUAUAUGAUUUUAUUUCUCUCAUUUGAUCAGAUUUUCAAGGGGCAUAUGUGGUCGAUGGGCCCCAAGUUAUGGUGACAUUAUUUUAGCAAUACAAAACUUUUAUAUCUCCUUUGGGAAGUUUUCAGAUCUUUGAACUUUUCCCUAAGCUGUCAAGGCUGUUUUACCCAGGCUUUCAAUUAUCUGGAUUUCGAUGGAUUAUUAAUAUGAUGAACACUUUAUUCGUUCCUGUCAACAUAGUGGAAGUAACCUUUAAUGUGACCUGGAAAGGAAGAUUCUGCCAUGAUUUUGAAGGGGGGGGAUGGGAGGGUACGAAAGAAGGGGACAGGAAGAAAGGAGAGAAAGAGAGAGUGAGAGAUGAAUGGGAUGGCACGUCUGGACUUCAGGGCCGGACUCCAACAAAUCCCUUUCCUGGUCUAAUCUGUGAAGCCCAAGGCUAGCUAGGAUGGUGAAAAAGUAAAUGAUUUCCAUGUUACUCUUCAUCUGUGAAUAGGAUCAACAGUAAAUCAUACCUUUUGUCUUUAUCAGCUCUAAAAUUUUGAACGUUGUAUCAUCAAUGAUAUGAAAUUGGGGAGCAAGAGGCGAUAUGCUGAUGGUCAGUGGAAAACUGAAUACUUCCAGGUUAUACUACCUGCUUUCAGUAUCAACUUUUGGCAUACCUAAAGUGUUGGACUUCCAUGAAGAAUGAAGAUGUGACAUGAUAGACUUGAUGCUUGGAUUGAAUCCAUGUGUCAUAAUCCUACUAGUUGCAUCUUGGACUAUGAUGAUGAUUAAUGAUCAUGAACUUUGUGAAAAUUCUCAAGACACUGCUUUGAGGUUGGCUCCCACGUGUCCCCUUGUGGUGUUUUCUCAUUCCAGAGAAAAAGUAAACUAUAAUUUCUGUCAAAUGGUCUGGUGCAGAAAAAUUUCUGUCAAAUAAAGUGUCUCAUCCGUGGCAUUGAUCUACUCCCUUGAUUCUGCCUCUUUGGCUUGAUGCUUGCCAAUCUCCAAAUGGUCACUUUAGUUGCAUAGUUUGAUAUCUCUAAUAGUCUACAAACUUUUUUCCCCUUCUACUGUAUGGGAAUUAGUAUCUGAUAUUCAAAAACUUCAUUUUUUACUGCACUUUCAAUCCAUUGUAGAAGAAAAUUAACGUGGUUUCCUUUGGUUAUUUGUUUUGCAAGAUGUUUGUCUGAUGUAAUUUCUGUGACGAACAAUGGAUUUAGGUUCUUUUUGUAUCUAUAAUUUAUUUAAUAGUUAUGUACCGAAGUAAAUGAUUUAUUCGCACUCUGGAACAUUCGAGGCCUGAAUUGUUGUGUUUAGCGUUAGGAUUUCUUUGGUUAUUCAGGAAUUUCUGUCAUUUUUUUUAUUUUCUGAAAUGACUCCCUUUGUUGUCUUUACAUAUGAAUGUCUUUCUUUCAUUGCAGUUUUAUGAAGAGCUAGUAAAGUGCAAGGAUUCUGAAAAUAAGAGUGAGAUCAUCUCUUCUAAACCAGUGAAUAAGAUAACCAAGUUCAAUGAUUCUGAUUCUUCUGGUAGUGAGGAAGAGUCUGAUGUUGAGAAUGCGAACGACGGGCAGCCAUGUGAAGCUGAAGAUGUACCUACUAAGAAACAACGCAUAGAGAAAGAUACAUCUGAAAUUGAAGAGUCAGUUAGCAAUACCAAAGAGAAAACUAUUGAUGCACUCAUUGAAGAUGAAUUAAAAGAUUUGGGAGAUCGGAAUAAGGUUUGUUUGAAUAAUGGGUGGAACAUAUGCUGGCAUUUUCCAUGUACUCCAGUCUUUUACUAGAAUACUGGUUUUACUUCAUGCUUCUUGCUAUGCAGAGUUCUUUUGGAGAGGUGAAUUAGUGAAUCAAUUUAGAUUCGGGAUAAUUAUUGUCACGACUCACUCAUGAAACAGUUCUCAAAUUAACUAUUCAAUUUGUUUCGACACUGGCACGCUUAAAUGCAGAAUAAGCGUAAAACUCUUUUUAGAUACCCUCCAAACGAUUGCAUUAACUGUGCAUUUACAAGGAGAAUCUUAUGUUCAUUUUCAAGCAAGUUACUUUGUGGAACAGAAUAGCUGUUGCUCGGUCCUGAUGCCUAGCUACUUAGCACAAUUUAUCUGCAGAAAUAACAAGGUUUGCAAAAAAAGAAUAAAUUUAUGUAUAUAAACUUUUGAUAUUUUUUUUAGUUAUAAAGAAAGCCAUCCAAUUUCCAUCAAGGAAUAGUUCAGGGCCUGAUAGACUAUGUUAUUUUUGGGUUUAUUCUCAUAUUCAGUUUAUCAGGUGGGAGAAGGGUAACUUUGUCAAUAUCUAUGUGUCUUCGCUUCAUAGAAUAUCAAUUGAGAUUGCAUUAUGUUAUUUUCUGCACUUUAUUACUUGUAGGAUUUACACUUGAUUUUUUUCGGCCUGUUAUUUCUUCACAUAUUUUGCUGAAACCUAUUGACAGAGACAUUUUGUGAGCCUUGAUUCGGGUUGUAAUGGUUGCAUUUUCAUUCAAAUGAAUAAGAGAGAUGGUGAUCCCACUCCAUCUAGCAUAGUACAGCACAUGAUGUGUUCACUUGCGUCUUCAAGGAAGCAUGUGUCAAGGUUUGGUAUCCGUUAGCAUUGAUAUGGAUUUUCUAGAAAUGUUCGUGAUAGAUGUCACUGCUCAAAGGAACGCUGUUGUUGUGUUUUUGUUUUCAGAUUUAUACUGCGAGUUCUACCUGCUGAAGUGUCGUGUUAUGCUUCUAUUGAUGAAAUUACCAAAGAAAUCAAACCCCUUAUUACUCAGUACUUUCCUGAAGAGACUAAAAAUCCACAAAAGGUAUGCUCAUGAUAUAACAAUUGUCUUUUUCACUUCAAGGGAAAUUUUAUUUUAUAUCGAUAUGCUAUCAUGUACCUCCGUUGCUGAUGGCAACCAGGCUAUUUUAGAGUGUUUGCUGUUCUUUUGUUUCUUAUAAUAAAUGAAUCCCUGUCCAGGUGCAACUGUUCUCUUUUGCCUACUUGGAAAGCCAUUUGUCCAAUUACCUUCAACCUUGUGUCGCCACCAUUUUUGGCACAUAAAUUGUCCUUUGCUGAAAUGGCUAUGUGUGAGUUGGGAGUCUUGUUCAAUCCCUAAGGAUUAUACAUGACAAAAGGUUUAUCCUUGACUUCCAGUUUACCAUCUGGACAGAAAGAUCAGAAUAUGGUUUGCAGAAAUUGCUGCGUUUGAUUUUCUACUCCUAGCUUAUAGAUGAAUAAAGUUAUUUGAUAGUUAUAUUAAUUUUAAAAAUAAUAAAUCGUUAGUUUUUUUGGUCAAAUCCUUUGAUGGCUAUAUUAUUUGAUAGUCAGGCUAUCAAAUUAUUAAAUUGUCAAGUAAAAUUUGACUCGAGAGUUUAACUUUCGACCUGUCAUUUGAUUUUCACGUGAUAGCGUGAAUAGGAGUGAUAGUGUAGGGAGAGUCAGCAGCCUGUUUGCAUCGUGAGAACAAUGUUGUCGGUGUUGGGCUACAGGCUUAUGUGGUCACUUAUAAGUCCCAAUUUUGGCUCCUUUCUAGCUACCCAAAAGGUUCUUUUGGUUCCCUGAGAUGCUAACCAAGUUACCAAAGUACUGCCAUAUAUGACAACUCGACGAGGGUAAUUCAGCCCACUAUGAAGCACAUUGAGACAUCUAAAAUACUACUUUAGACUAUACUAAGCAUUAUACAAGCAUAGGCAAUUCCAUCACCCAUUGUUUCUUCUUAGAGAUUGAUUUAUCCAAGUUAUCAAGGUAUUGAGCCUGUAUAAUUCUCUACAAAAUCCUGAUCUUGAUGAAAGUUAAUUACCAUAUCUCACGCACAUCUUGGAGCAAGGAGUUCUAAAUAGUGACUGAGGGUCUGAGGAUACGCUUGAUAUAUUUUCUCAGAUCAGACUGGUAGCUUUUAUCUAGCAGAGCAGGGUAGAACGAUUGAAGCAGGGUGCAGAUUUUUAUCAAAUAGAAUUAAAGAGUGACCCUUGCUAUUUCUACCAAGGUAGACAAGAUUCCCAAGCAAUUGAACACAUCUUGUCAGGUCGUACAGACGGGAGCUGUGUUCAGCCAUACAGAAUUGGCAUCAGCCAAAUACAGUUGGCAGUGGGCAGUCAUGUAAUUAAUCUGGUCAGCCUGUUCUCUUUCCAAUUUUUGUCUCGAAUUAUACAUUUAAUAAGUAUAUUCCUUAUUUUUUAUCUAUUUAUAUAUUUUUAAUAUUUUGGACGCCAAAUUAUUUUAUUAUUAUAUAAUUUUAAAUUCACUUUUUACUGUAUUAAAAAUCAGUUUCCACCUAAAAACCCCUCGUUUUCACCUAGGGAGUAGACCACCUUAGUUUAUUAUAUUGGUGCUUUUUCAAGAAGAUGCUUCUCUAAUUAAUUUCCUGUUUGUCUUUUGAAACCAUGUGGUUUCUUUGCUUCAUUCUGCUUGUAGUUGGAGCUUGCAAACAUGUGAUUGUUGUGUCCUGUAGAUAACUAUAGCAUGUAUUUUGGAGUGACGAUAUUGGGCGGCUGAAGAUGUAUAUGGAUGAUGGAGACGUGUGGUAUUGACUAUGAUCAAUAAAGAUACCUGGUCACUGGAAAGCAGAAAUCUUUUAGUUGUUUACAUCACUUAUACACUUGUUUUGUGUCAUUUACGUUGCAUAUCUCUGAGCAGUGUAUUUAAAUGUUGUAAAUAUGGCGUUAGAUUAUUGAUGUGAAGAUGUUGAAACCAGACUAAAGAUGUCACCUUAACACAGGUUUUUUUUUCUGGAAACAUGGUUAAUAAUAAGAUGAAACAAACAACAACGUCACAAUCUGAUUUUAAAAAAUGGUGGAUGCACGACUGUUCAUAGGGUAGUUGUAGAAUUUACAUGAGGCAAUCGUCAUUUUUUGGUUGUAGUUCAAAGAAAGUUUCAAAGUUUUGAGUUUAUUUCUACAGAUACCAUGCUAUCUUGAGAUGCUUUUUUCAAUAGAUUGAUAUAUCUAAACAAAAUCAAUGCAAUUUUAUUCCUUAUCUUGGCUUAAAACCCUGACCGCGUUAUCUUAUGAUUGUCCAUGCUUUUCCUUUCUGUUUUUCUUGAACAUUUUUAUUAUUUUAUUCUUCGUCUAUUUAAUACGUCAGAAACAAUCCUAUGGUGGAAACAUACGCUCUAGUCAUUCAAUUAUGUCCCUGCAGUAUGCAGUCUUGUAUGAAGCUCGUGCAAAUUCUGGUAUAGAUCGAAUGGCAAUUAUAAAUGCGGUUGCAAAGUCGGUCCCUGAACCCCAUAAAGUAGAUCUGAGUAACCCUGACAAGACUAUAAUUGUUGAGAUUGUCAAGGUAUAUUUUCCGUAUUCCUCUGUCAAAUAUUCCAUUUCGAAUUCUAUUUUUUGGGGAAGAGUCUAUAUUGCUGAUUUCCACCGAAUGAAUGAUUUUAUACUGAAAUAUUUAUUGUAUGAACAUCAACUGAUAUCUCAUCUAAAAAAAGCAUAGUAACAGCUUUCCUGCUCAUCUUUAUAACUAAGUUGAGACUUCUUUCUAAAAUGAAUUUUCGUGGCAAAUCAUUUGGCCGUUUGUUCAAUUCUAUCAUGAAUUAUAUUUUCUCCUUUUUUUUUAGUGACUCCAAAAAUAACCCCUUGUUCCACAAUCUCAACAUUGAGGUUUCUAAUACACAGACCCUAAUCACCUUUAUUGUUCAUUCAGCGUUUUCAGUUAGCCUCUGCUGAUAAUCAUACAUAUGGUUGCGGAUUGCACUUUUUUAUAUUCCAGGGUCAACCAAUUUUACUUCUUAAAACUAUAUUUAUUUAGGCGGGCCCUCAGCUGUACUUUGGCAUCACCAUGCUAUUAGAUUUUUUACCCAUUUUCUCCUCAACACCAGUAGAGCGCAUUUCACUUAGAAAUCGAAGGCUUGUAGUGUAUAUUUAUCUUCAAGUGUUUGUAUUGUUUGUAUUUGUUUUGACAUUUCAAUCUUAAGGGUAUACUGGCACAUCACCCUCCUCCACCAAAUCCUGGCUAUUAGUAGUCAGCAUCAUUAGCAUGUUCUAGGCUAGUAGCUUCUUCCUGGAAUGGGUUAAUGUUGCAAGCAACAGAAUUUUAAUCAACUGGGACAUAGGAUACAGUAAGGAAAAAGUAUCAGAGAAGCUGCUGUUUGCUAAAAGCGGCUAGAACAGUGUAUCAGUGUUAACUCGACUAGUAUCCUUUGGUUGUACUUCUAUUGAUGACCAAGUUAUUUGUCUGCUCUAAAAUGAGGAAGAGGAAAGUAUCAGGCCACAUUUUCCCUGCAGUUGAUAAUUUUGAUCCUUCUUUAGGUCAUCAUCUUCUAUGCCCUCCAAGCUCUAGAACUCAAGAAACGUGUCCCGACUUUUGUCAUAUACUCAUCUUUUAGUUUGAGUACUGAUAUUUAAUUUCACUUAAAAGAUUGGUGGAUCACUUCAGUCAUUAUGUAGAAGUUAGUAUUUGUAAGGCAGUGUACCGUUGACUUGGCUGUCAAAAAAAUGGUCAUUGAAGUUUGUUUCUACACUCUAUGUUGAUGCCUUCUUGCUGUUAUAUUCCUGAUGUUGGAUUUUUAAAUCAUGUUAAUAUUCAAAACGGAUUGUCAUUACGUUUCUCUUCAUUCAUUUUGUGCAAUGUAAGCAGAUUAUUUUCCUAUUUCUUUCAAAACAAUGUAAGCAGUAUUGUAUCCUAUUUUCAUCAAAGAAUGUUGUCAUUUUUUUUCUCCUUUACAAUUUCUUACAGACUAUAUGCUUGAUAAGUGUGGUUGAGAAGUAUAAAGAGCUGUCAAAGUACAACCUGCGACAGUUGACAAUCCCAGAGAAGAAAGCACCUGCUUCUUAA